AUGUCCCUCCAGGGCACCCGGCUCAGCAUGAGGAGCAGAAGGAACGGCACGCUGGGCAGCACCCGGACCCUGUACUCCAGUGCGUCUCGGAGCACAGACAUAUCCUACAGCGAGAGCGACUUGGUGAAUUUUAUUCAAGCAAAUUUUAAGAAACGGGAAUGUGUCUUCUUUACCAAAGAUUCCAAGGCCACGGAAAACGUGUGCAAGUGUGGCUAUGCCCAGAGCCAGCACAUUGAAGGCACCCAGAUCAACCAAAGUGAGAAAUGGAAUUACAAAAAACACACCAAGGAAUUUCCCACUGAUGCCUUUGGGGACAUUCAGUUUGAGACUCUGGGGAAGAAAGGGAAGUAUAUCCGACUGUCCUGCGACACGGACGCAGAGACCCUCUACGAGCUGCUGACCCAGCACUGGCACCUGAAAACGCCCAACCUGGUCAUUUCCGUGACCGGCGGCGCCAAGAACUUCGCCCUGAAGCCGCGCAUGCGCAAGAUCUUCAGCCGCCUGAUCUACAUCGCGCAGUCGAAAGGCGCUUGGAUUCUCACCGGAGGCACGCACUAUGGCCUGAUGAAGUAUAUCGGGGAGGUGGUGAGAGACAACACCAUCAGCAGGAGUUCCGAGGAGAACGUCGUGGCCAUCGGCAUAGUGGCCUGGGGCAUGGUCUCCAACAGGGACGCCCUCAUCAGGAACUGUGAUGUCGAGGGAUAUUUUUCAGCUCAGUACAUCAUGGAUGACUUCAAGAGAGACCCUCUGUACAUCCUGGACAACAAUCACACCCAUCUGCUGCUAGUGGACAGCGGCUGUCACGGGCAUCCCACAGUUGAGGCAAAGCUCCGGAACCAGCUGGAGAAGUACAUCUCCGAGCGCACUAUUCAGGAUUCCAACUACGGUGGCAAGAUCCCCAUUGUGUGUUUUGCCCAAGGAGGUGGGAAGGAGACUUUAAAAGCCAUCAAUACCUCCAUCAAAAGUAAAAUUCCCUGCGUGGUGGUGGAAGGCUCGGGGCAGAUCGCUGAUGUGAUCGCGAGCCUGGUGGAGAUGGAGGACGCCCUGACGUCGUCCAUCAUCAAGGAGAAGCUGGUGCGCUUCUUACCCCGCACAGUGUCCCGGCUGCCGGAGGAGGAGACUGAGAGCUGGAUCAGAUGGCUCAAAGAAAUUCUUGAAAGUUCUCACUUAUUAACAGUUAUUAAGAUGGAAGAAGCUGGGGACGAAAUUGUGAGCAACGCUAUUUCCUACGCGUUGUACAAAGCCUUUAGCACCAACGAUCAAGAUAAGGAUAACUGGAAUGGGCAGCUGAAGCUUCUGCUGGAAUGGAACCAGCUGGACCUGGCCAAUGACGAGAUUUUCACCAAUGACCGCCGAUGGGAGUCCGCUGACCUUCAGGAAGUCAUGUUUACGGCUCUCAUUAAGGACAGACCCAAGUUUGUGCGCCUCUUUCUGGAGAACGGCUUGAACCUGCGGAAGUUCCUCACCAGUGACGUCCUCACCGAGCUCUUCUCCAACCACUUCAGCAGCCUGGUGUAUCAGAACCUGCAGAUCGCCAAGAACUCCUACAAUGACGCCCUCCUCACGUUCGUCUGGAAACUGGUUGCUAAUUUCCGAAGAGGCUUCCGGAAGGAAGACAGAAAUAGCAAGGAUGAGAUGGAUGUGGAACUGCAUGACGUGUCUCCUAUUACCCGGCACCCCCUGCAAGCACUUUUCAUCUGGGCCAUUCUUCAGAACAAGAAGGAGCUUUCCAAAGUCAUUUGGGAGCAGACCAAGGGCUGCACCCUGGCAGCCCUGGGAGCCAGCAAGCUUCUGAAGACCCUGGCCAAGGUGAAGAAUGACAUCAAUGCAGCCGGGGAGUCCGAGGAGCUGGCCAACGAGUACGAGACCCGGGCAGUGGAGCUGUUCACAGAGUGUUACAGCAGCGACGAAGACUUGGCGGAACAGCUCCUGGUCUAUUCCUGUGAAGCUUGGGGUGGGAGCAACUGUUUGGAGCUGGCGGUGGAGGCAACGGACCAGCAUUUCAUCGCCCAGCCCGGGGUCCAGAAUUUUCUGUCCAAGCAAUGGUAUGGGGAGAUUUCCCGAGACACCAAGAACUGGAAGAUUAUCCUGUGUCUGUUUAUCAUACCUUUGGCUGGCUGUGGCUUUAUCUCAUUUCGGAAGAAGCCCCUGGACAAGCACAGGAAGCUCCUGUGGUCCUACGUGGCCUUCUUCACGUCCCCGUUUGUGGUCUUCUCCUGGAACGUGGUCUUCUACAUCGCCUUCCUGCUGCUCUUUGCCUACGUGCUGCUGAUGGAUUUCCACUCCGUGCCCCGCCCCCCGGAGCUGGUCCUCUACGCGCUGGUCUUCGUCCUGUUCUGUGAUGAAGUGAGACAGUGGUACGUGAACGGGGUGAGUUACUUUACCGACCUGUGGAACGUCAUGGACACGCUUGGACUCUUCUACUUCAUAGCUGGAAUUGUGUUUCGGCUCCGCUCCUCCCACAAAAUCUCUUUGUACUCCGGGCGAGUGAUCUUUUGCCUGGAUUAUAUCAUAUUCACGCUCAGGCUGGUCCACAUCUUCACUGUCAGCAGAAACCUAGGACCCAAGAUUAUCAUGUUGCAGAGAAUGCUGAUCGACGUGUUCUUCUUCCUGUUCCUCUUUGCGGUGUGGAUGGUGGCCUUCGGGGUGGCCCGGCAAGGGAUCCUCAGGCAGAACGAGCAUCGCUGGAGGUGGAUCUUCCGCUCGGUCAUCUACGAGCCCUACCUGGCCAUGUUUGGCCAAGUGCCCAGCGAUGUGGACGGUACCACGUACGACUUUUCCCACUGCACCUUCACUGGGAACGAAUCCAAGCCGCUGUGCGUGGAGCUGGAUGAGCACAACCUGCCCCGGUUCCCCGAGUGGAUCACCAUCCCCCUGGUGUGCAUCUACAUGCUCUCCACCAACAUCCUGCUGGUCAACCUGCUGGUCGCCAUGUUCGGCUACACCGUGGGCACCGUGCAGGAGAACAACGACCAGGUCUGGAAGUUCCAGAGGUACUUCCUGGUGAAGGAGUACUGCAGCCGCCUCAACGUCCCCUUCCCCUUCGUGGUCCUCGCCUACUUCUACAUGGUGGUCAAGAAGUGCUUCGGCUGCUGCUGCCAAGACCGGGGCGUGGAGUCCUCUGCCUGCUGUUUCAAAAAUGAAGACAACAUGACUCUGGCAUGGGAGGGCGUCAUGAAGGAAAAUUACCUUGUCAAGAUCAACACAAAAGCCAACGACACAUCAGAGGAAAUGAGGCAUCGUUUCAGACAGCUGGAUACAAAGGCAGUGGCAGACAUCUCAGCGCAAAGGAUUCCAGGGGUAUGACUGAACAAUUUUGUUACUGACGAAAUGAGAAUUGUUCAGGCCCCUGGGUGCACAGCGAUGGUUUUAAAAGCCAAGCGUGAGCCGUCUGAGAACAGAACGUGUGACUGAUUUCACAUGAGAAGAUGGACGUAGAGGAAGAAUAUUUCCUACGAUGUGUUUCGCCUGAAGGCUGCCCUGUUACUUUCUGAGUCUCAGUGACCAGAACUUGCUGGAGAUGAUUUAAACUGUACCCCUGUGUCCUCCUGUCCCCUUCAUGUUCCUCCUUUGACUCCUGCAUAUUACAGAACACCUCUUCUGGGAAUAGGGACUGGGCCAUGCUUUCCCCCCUGUGCGGGCAUUUUGCUUCCCUGCAAAUGAUCCUCCGCUAUUUCCCUUUUUUUGUAUUAUGUGACUCAUUAGCUGGCGUAUUGUUAAAAGUCUCCCCAAUCAGAUCAGAUUCUAAAGCACGCUGCAGCAAGAGGACCCUGCUCUUUUCAGGAGAGACUGUUUCCAUUUCUCAUUGUGCUUUUUAUCACUAAAGGAGGCCAUGAAGCCGCAUCUCGCCGGGAACUCCGCCUGGAGGACGCAGCUCCUUCCCAGCAAUGUGGAAAGUCACCAAAGAGCAAGCCUGACGGGCGCCACUGGCUUUGUUUUCACUGGAUGACCCUCUUUCUCCUCUUUUUAAAAAUUAUUUUCCCAUUAAAAAUAAUUCAUGGACAUUAUAGAAAAUUCCUAGAUAUUAUUGAAAAUGUAGGCUACGUGGAAAAGUAGAAAAUACAGACUCCCUACCUAAAGGUCAUCACUGCUAACGAGUCAGGAGGUUUUUUUAAGUCUAUUUUUUUUCUAUGCAUGUUUUGUUUCUCUUUAAAAAUUUUACAUAACGCCAUCACACCACACAUACCAUUUUAUAUAAGCUUUUUCACUUAAUAUCUACUCGAAGAUGUUUUCCUUAUAUUCAUAGUCUUAAACAUUACAUUAACAAUUGCAUAAUAUUCAGUCUCUAAUGAUUUCCACCAUGUUGGUCAUGGAAAGUGGUUUCCAGUUGGUCAGUGGGAUGAGCCACUUUGGGCAUAAAUCUUUCCCCACAUUUGGGAAAAUUCCCCAUGGCCGGAUUCGCAGGAAUAGGUAUUGAUUAUCAAACUAUUUACAAGGCUUUCUUAUAAAAUGUUUAGCAAAUAGAAAUUAUUAAUGGAUAUAAGAUAUGAGAUACAUGUGCCUAGAAGUCUUAACAUAAAACAUAUUUUACCCUUAGUUUAGGAAGAAGCCAAUAUACUUAUUUCAAUAUUACAGAUGGUGAAGACGUUGGUAUAAAAUUGGAGAGAUUAUUACUGAACACUUCUGGUCCCAGCUCUGUCUGGAAGUGGUGGUAUCUUUGAUCAAAAGAGAUGUGCUGAAAGUUACUAAGAUAAUUUAAAUGUCCAUAAUUAAUUUUUUCUGCUUUGAGUAGACUAUAAACUCAGUAGCUAAAUGUGGAAAUCUUAGAAGGAAGCUGUUCAAAGAUUAUCAAUUUAGAAAAACUACAAAAGCAUGAACUGAAAAAAAUUUUUUCCAUUUUGUCUGGGCAGUAGUUAAAAGUAACUCCUCACAACAUUCAUAAUUUCAAUAAAUGAACACAGAUCAAAGGUGUCUUUUUACUUAAACUUUGUUAAUGGUCUAAAAGGGAAUCUUAAUAACAGGGUUGACCAGUUCAUGGUUUUGGAUGCUGAAAGCACAUGGGAUAAAAUUUAUGUGACAAGAAUUGUCAAUGAGUGGAAAUUUGAAAAUUUCCGAGUCAGUGAGAGAAUUUCACUUUUUGGUUUACUCCGGCAACUAGAAUACCUGCCUUUUCUGAAGCCACCAACAAGAGGCUGUGUUAUCUCCGUGCUGACUGGAAAAAAUAAAGUACGCGGCACUGAAAUUACAGAGUGACAGCAUCCCACGUCUUACCCUCAGUUCCAGUAGUGAGUGAAUAAAACCAACACAUUAAGUUGAAAACCUGCUAGGAGACAAAACUUAGCCCACUGGCUGACCCCCAUAAAUGCAUUUGUCCACAUAUUCAUGUCUCCUCUGACCAGGUUUUUGUCAGUGUGAGAAAUAAGCCUCUGUGCAUGUCGGUAUCAGUGGCAAAAGCGAGUCUCCUGUUGACGCUGACGACAGAGAACUUGAACGCUACUCGGAAUUCACUUGUUGGCGAGGGAACUGCUCCGUGUUGUCAGCUCAGCGUGCCUGGUGGAUGUUUUUGCCUGGUUGCGCUGCUGGAAGUCAUUAUUUUAGGUGUAGCUCAUGAAAAUAGCACAUGUAUUGAACGGACCUGUAACCAAAGGUGCUAUGUGUUUGUCCGUGGCGUGCUCCGGUACACCCCUGCCGAUAACCCUGCAGCUCGGUUUA